AAGUCCAUAUUAGAAAGCUUAGGCCCAACAUAAAGCCCGUUCAGCUCGAUUGACGAUGAUCUUCCCAUUUCCUCUCAGACACAGUUCUUGUCAGUGUCAGCAGAUCUUGACUCUAAGUUGACUGUUGUAUUAUUUGAAAGCUAAAGAUCGCAGCUUUCUUCAGUAGAGAUCAAUAAUCAAGGUGUCAGCAAUUAAGAUGGACGUGCAUUUGAAAUAUGCAUUUGGUAGAUUUCAAGAGCAAUUUGGAUCUGGACCUGGACUUGGUCCUGGAUCAGGAACCAAUCUUAUGAAGAUAGAUGGUAUUGCACCGCCUUUCAUUAAGUCUGUAUACAGAGCUGCUGCAGCUUUGUAUAGAACUGAUCCUUGGAGGCGGUUGCGCCCAGGUCAUCUUUUCGGUGUAAGGGUAGGGAAAGAUUCAGAUUGGUCUGGCAAAAAACAUCCAUUUUCUUGUAUCCAAUUUAUUGGUGGAGAUGGUGGGGAUAUAGGUCUUUAUAUGUUUAGGUCGGAAGAUGAUGCGAAGAAGAUGACUGGUCCUAGGGAGACAAUUCGGGUUCCAAAUCUUGAGGUUUUGCGGGUCACUUAUGACCUGGACUCUGUGAUGCUCCCUUCAAAUAAGAGAUUUGUAGUAUCGUUGGCAUUGGAGGUCUCAGGUGAAGAUCGAUAUCCAGUGAUUGACGUUGGCCGCUGCACAACCACUGGUGAGCUUCAGUUUAGGAAUCCAACACUUGAAGAGCUUAGAUUUGUGUAUGCAGUUAUGAAAGGAGCUUCUCUUCUGCACCCUUUGCUUCAGCAAGAUUAUGGUGCAGCUCCAAAAUGGUCUAGAGUGAUAUAUUUCGAACCUUUUAUUGAAACUGUUGAUGUCCAAUGGCCAGCAGAAAUGGCCAAAGGAAAUGAUCUCGUGGCAGUAACAAUUUCACACCCUCCUGGUCGAGGAUAUCAGGAAAAGUAUAGCUCGUCAUCAAGUUCCACUCCCACCAAACAUUCUGAAGCGCAAAAGGAGGAGACAUUUAUUGAUGUGAAAUCAAAUGCAGCUGUCUGUUUGAGGGAGUGCAUGCUGUGUGGGGAAAAGGUCAGCAGAGAACAGUCAGUUUGCUGUGGUCAUUGCUCUGCAGUGGUCUAUUGCGGUUCCGUCUGCCAGAAGCAGCAUUGGAAGGAAGGGCACAAAGAUGUUUGCGGGCUUUACAGGGCCAUGAUGGAAAGAGAAGAAGAGCUGGCAAUGAAGAUCUUCAUCUUUAAUUGUUCUGCUGAGCAGCCUUGUAAAUGGCUUGAAUCACUUGGUAUUCACCAGAAAGGCAUGUGGAGAAGAAAAUGUAAUUGUUAUUUCCAUUGUCCAUAUGGUCUUCUUCCUGUUCCGGGUGGACUUUGGGAUUCAUGGGGCGGCUUGGAUGAGAAUGAAUACCCUCAUGAUUCACCUUUUCAUAAUCAUUUUAGAGAUGGGAUAUCAAGCUCAGUCUUCUUAUCUGGUUGGCUAGAGUACUACAGCCUCCGGUCAUUACCACUAACGAGUCCCGUUGCAGAUAUCCUGUCUCAUCCCUUGACAAUCUAUUACAUAUUGACAGCACCCAACAUCAACUCAAAGAAUCUGUUACUCAAAAACAAAGAGGUGAUACUCCACUACAUUGGACCUGAAGGUGAGUUAGAUUGGAUGCCAGCCUUUGCUGAGAUUGGUCAUCUACUCCACGGAAUGGGCAAUAUACACAUAAUAAUGGUCGGGCCAGAAGUCCCCACUAAUUUAUCGGGGACAACUUCUGGAAUAGGUAGCAGAGUGAGGGUAAACCUUGUAAGGGGUCUUUACCAGGACGAAGCCAGCUAUCUGCCAACUCCUCAUGUUAUCAUGUCUUUGAAUUGCGGGUUAGGAAGCUAUUCGUGUUGGGGUGGAGCUCUUGACUUGAUAAAAUCCAUGAACGUUCCAGCUUAUUUCACCAAUGAGUCAGAACUUUCGUGCUCAAGUAGUAAACAAGUUCUUCGCGCUGCAGGGUUACAUAUUAGCUAUCCUGUUACACCAAAUCCUUUCCGUUCUCCUGUGAGGAUUUUUGGCACUUCCACUAAUUUCCCAUCAUAUAGCAAUUGUUUUUUGUUAGGAGUAAAUACAUGAAUUAGGAUAUCCACUAAAGCCAUGUUGAUGUUGUAAUUCCCAAGUCUUGCACACUGUUGUCAAUAUUCAGCUGUAUGUUGAUCAUCCGAGGGAUACUUGUUAAAGAAAUGCCUGAAAUUGUUUUCAGUCCAUAUAUAGAAUCUGGGUUUGUUUCUUUCA